GCACUUGAUCUGGACAAUUAGAACGUACAAAACCUAUAGCCGAAUAUGAUUAUCAACCCAACAUUUGACGUGUGCCGAUCACCUUGCAGUUCUACCAUUUAGUGUACAUUCUUUCAAUUUUGUUUUUUGUUUUUGUUUUAUGCAAAGUCGGGGCAUGGAGCAUCUUCACACUUACACCAACAUGUUUAUGGCCUUUGUCAUGCCAAAGCAUCUAGUCCCUCCCGGUAUCCAACUGAGCACGGAACCAGAAGUGAUGCUGGAUCAAGUGCAAACCAAAUGGCAAGUCAUUGUAAAACAUUACGCGGGAGUCAUCGCCGUAGCCGCAGUUGGACUUUUGCUGGCCGCCAUCAUCCCCAUCGCCGGUGUCUUCAUCUGCUGCUGCCGUUGUGCUGGUCGUUGCGGUGCUAAAGAAGAGCCUUUCGAGAAACGAGGUGACAAGUGCCAACGAGUCAUUUUGGGACUGCUCCUUGGUGUUUUACUUCUACUUGUCGCUUUCGGCGUUAUCUGCGCCUUCGUUUCCAAUGCCAACACACAGGACGGCGUUAACGCCCUGCCGACUGCCCUUCGUCACACGACUGAAGAUACAGCCACUUACUUUAAUCACACUCGAAAAGAAUACGUGACAUUGUUGACGACCAACUAUCGCGAAUUGGAAGCCGCCAUUGCUAAAGCACUCGACGACAGUGGACGACUGGUGACUAACGAACUGAAACACGUGUCACGAGCCAUCGCAGUCGACAACUUGACGGCCAUCGUCUCCAAUUUGGCCGAGAUCCGACAGAAUCUGGCAUACAUUGAACAAGAUACAGGCGUACUCCAAGACAGAGCUAAUCAACUUCAGGACGGUUUGUUGGAGGUGAAAAGACAAUUGAAGCAGCUAUUGGAUCGAUGCGCUAACCAGCCCAUUUGUGCUAAUUUCCGGCAACAGUACGAUCUCGAUUCCCUCUCCGUCGAUCUUCAAUUCCAAGAGUUUGUCGAGAGUUAUUUGCCCAAGUUGCCGGAUGUGCAGAGAAUCGCGCGCAACAUUUCCAACUUGAUCGCUACUGGGGUGGAGAGUGAAGUCAAGCGGGGUCGCUCCGCCCUAGAGAGGGUCUCAAACGAUGUCCAAAGGGCCGUCGGAAGUACACUACCGACCUUCAAGCAACACUUGAGAUCAGCCGGACAAAGUUUGGAGCGCAAUUCCGAGGACAUUUCCAUCCUAAUGGGUCGUGGUGUCGAGAUGGCCCGCAGCGAGUCCGUCCAGGACUCUAUCAACACCCUACAGGGUUACAUCGACCACUAUGGUCAAUAUCGGUUCUACAUUGAUAUUGGUAUGGCCAGUCUAGUGCUUCUGAUCACGCUCUGCUUCGCUUUUGGAUUGCUGUGCGGCUGCUGCGGCAAACGGCCUGCCGACCGCUACGACGACGAUUUCGGGACUCGAGCCACUGGCGCGUCCUGCCUCAUGGCGGGUGUCGGACUGGUGUUUAUGACUUCGCUGGUGCUACUGGUGUUGGCCGUCGUUCACUUCCUGGUUGGCGUUUUCGGCCAAAAUCUCUCGUGCGAGGUACUGACCCGUCUAGGGACGGGAGAAGAGCCCCAACAGCGCGAGCUCUAUGAUUUUAUCGACCGCAACUUGCCUCUGACGGCUCUCAACCCGCACGGCGUCGUCAAGGACGACCUGGUCACCGUCUCUAAUAUUGUCAAGGAAUGCCAUCAGAACAGGACCCUAUACCAAAUGUUAAAGCUGGAGCGAGUCCUGAAUGUUUCUACGCUCGGUGAUCACGCCCGUCGCUUGAACAUAGAAUCUGAAGUCCGUCGCCUGACGAGUAAUAUUCGUUUUACCGGCGUCAAUCUGUUGACCAGCGAAGCCAAGCAGCAACUACGAGAUUUCGCUGCAUCCGACCUAAUGCGCGUCAACUUUACGGCCUACUCUAUUCUGCUGGAACAGAAUAUAACAUCGGUCAACCUCCAGGAAAUGGCAGCCAUUCUGAAUAGCACUGCCGUUCAAGUGCAGCAAUUCGAACCGAAUGCCGCCAAUACGCUAUGGGACAAUGCCAUCUUCUUGUCGCGGCUACAAAAGUCUGAAUUGAUUCCAAUGAAAGAAGCGGCCCAGCGACUGCGCAAGGCCGCCGCCAAUUUGGAGGAACGCGUCCGUUUCAAUCAAUCUAGCCUGUCGGAUGCCAUUGAAAUGCUAAUUGGCCAGGCUGAAUCCGCUCAACUUUUCCUGGAAAAUAAGGGACCCGAGCAAUUGUCCAAGUUGGCUGUUGAAUUUGCCAAGGAGUGUGAGCGGCUCAUCGACAAGUAUGUCCAACGCGUUACCGACCACGUCCUCUUUAAAGUCGGUAAAUGCUGGCCCCUCUCUCAAGCCUAUAAUACGACAUCAGCCGUGGUCUGCCAACAUAUCUUCUGGCCUUUUAAUGGAUUCUGGGCCAGCGUUGGAUGGUGCACCCUUUUGUUUCUACCAUGCGUCGUUUUGGCUAUGGUGCUGGCCUCUCUCUACCGGAAGACGGAUCCCUAUCCGGGCUCGAUCGUCGAGAGAGAGUACUUGUAUGAUGCUUAUGCCGACCGGGACAACAUUCCAUUGGCCUUAAACAAUCGCGAUCGUAGGGGAAUGCCGUCGUCGGGUAACAACCGGUCGGGCCACGCUUACGGCCACGUCUACGGAGGAGCGUACGAAGAUGAUUACAGCAUCUCGCAGCAUCAGGCACGAACGGGUAGUAGCAAUCGAAGUGGCUUGAUUGCUACUUCAGUUUCGACGAGCGGAGGAGUGGCGGCCGGUGCUUCGACGGCCGUUGUGGCUCCGUCGGAGCGGAAUGGAAAAGCACCGGGACGAUUCCAAGAUCCAGCUCCAAGAGCUUGGGGUGAUGGAAGUGGCCCACGUUAUGUAGCUUCUCCGACGCAUGCAGCUGCAGCUGCUGCAACAUCACCGUCCGCAGGAACUCCGAGUGUAGGCGGUACACCGUCCGCUCCAUCCGCCGACUACGAGAGACCUCCACCAUAUUACUAUCCAGGACCUGCGUAAGUAUUUGAAGCUCUGAUGAUCUCGUCCUCGAUUCCAUCAACGUCCCGAAUGACGUCUCCGUUUCUCCACUUCCAUUUCGAGUUGUUGUGUUUUUCUUUUUUUUGCUUCGUCGCCGGAUUGAUGACAAAGGAGAAACGGAAGUACUGAUUGUUUUCUUCUUGGUUUUUUUUUUAUUAUUUUGGCGUUCGUUGUGGCGCUGCAUCCAGUGCGCGCGCACCGGGUGUCUAAGUAUGUGUGUAUACAAUCCUCGGAGGAACGAUCGCGUGUGUGAGUGAGUGUAAGAAAGAACGUGUUGUACAUUAUUCAUGAGUUUUAGAGUUUCAUCUCUCAUCUCAUCUCUUCGACAAAAAAAAAGUCGCAACUUACACAUGGAUGCACUCCUCACCCUCAAAACUUCCUCCCCCCAUCCCUCGUUUUAUGUGAUUUUGCUUGGCAAUUUGUCUCUUUAAACGUGUGAUGACAUGUGCAUUUGCUCCUACUUUAUAUAUAACAGGAUAUAAAGGCGUGUUUGAGCAUUCGAAACACGUAUUUCUCUCCCUUCUCCCUUUUUUCUGGUUAAACUUUUUUUUUUUCGGUUUUCAGCCAUUGUUUCCACUUCUUUCUUCAUCGUGAGACCAAAGCCAAGACUUUCCUCUAGUUCUUUCGCUCUCUCGUGGUUCGGUACUUUGAUGGACACUGAGGAGUCUUCGUUGUUGUUGUUGUUGAUGAAAUCUCCACCUCCUUUAUAUAUAUAUGAUUCAAUCAAUACUUUUUCUCCUUUCAAACAAAACAAAGAAAGAAAAGAACAGGAGUUAAAUCAUCUUUUUUAUGCUCGAAGUAAGCGAAUCGCAUGUUUUAUUUUAUUUUUUUCUCCCCUCACAAAAUAAAUUUUGAAAAAGCCAUUCAUUAUUGAGGGGAAAGAAGACUAAAUUUUUGAUCGUUUGUUACAUACAUGUCCUGUUCCAUUUUCUUCGUCUAUGCCGUCAUUCACUUACAUUUUGUAUUAUGUAUAACAACAAACAACUGCUGGCACUCUUUGGAGAAUUUUCCAUCUCUUGUCACAGAUGGAUGGAGAUUGCGAAUUCUCGGGAUUAAUUUUUUAAAAAGUAGCGUACUGUUUCACCCAUGAUUUUUUCUUUUCUCUUUUUAUUUUGAAUCCUUUGUAAUGUAACAUGACCCACGCCGGAAUCUCGUUCGUUUGGGAAGAGAACAAUUUCGCUCUUUGAUGUCUUUAUACCCCGCUGCUCACCUUGAAUGGUGUCGUCUACUUAGUUGAAAAACAAAGAAAUACAUCCAUUUCAAAGUCU